CUAAUACUCUUCUUGCCACCCUUUCUUCCUUUCCCAAGUUCCAGCUUACAAACAUGUCUCUAUUUAAUCCUUCCCAAGUGAUUGGCUCCCCAAAAUAGCAUGUCUUGUUCAAUGAUGUUUGUGGGUCCAUAUGAGACAACUCUUCCUCCUAAUUAACAUUCCUCUCCUUCCUAACAAUGAUAAACCAUGGAAAAUUGGUGAUCAAAGUAAGUUUAAUCACAACUUCAAAACGACAACUAGACUUAUCAGUCAUGCUAAAAUGGCCUGCUCCAUGGUGCCAACUUCCCAGCAACAAGAAAUGCAUGUGAUGGAGGUUAUUUAACCCUUUUACCCCACUAAGGCGCCGCUCAAGUUGAAGAGACUGGAAAUAUAAUGGAGGUUUUGAGUUCUAGAAAAGAGCUUCUUUGGUUGAUGAUGGUGAUAGUCAUAUUUGCGGGUGCAAAGUGCAGACAGCCAGUGUUGCACAGAGUUGGUGGAGGAAAGUAUGCUUGGAAACCAAAUAUCAAUUUCACAGAUUGGGCGAGUCACGAACAAUUCUACGUUGGGGAUUGGCUUUAUUUUGGAUUUAAUAUUAGCUGCUAUAAUGUGCUGGAGGUGAACAAGACAAGCUAUGACAGGUGCAUUGACAAAAAUUUCAUAAAAAAUGUUACAAAGGGUGGACGAGAUGUGUUUAAUCUCACAGAGGCAAAACCAUACUAUUUUAUUAACAGUGGUGACUACUGCUUUAAGGGUAUGAAGCUUGCACUGUGUGUUGAAAAUGCCCCACCUGAUCCAACAUAUUCACUGCUAAGGAAUAGUUCAACAAAGAUUUAUGGCCCCAUUAUCCUUCUUCCUUUGCUUGGCUAUGUUGCAGUGCGGAUCUUGUUUGUCCAAUACGUUUAAGUUAAUUAUAUGAUAUUAUAAAAAUAGUGAUAGGCUCUUUGAGAUUAGUAUUUGAAACAUUUAGGCAGUGAGUUUGGCAAAAACAAAAUUUCAUAUUUAACAUGAAAGCUUACUAUGUAAUUAGGAAGUUGUAUUGCCUGCUUAUUUUA